GUAUGCAGUUGUCACAAGUUCAAUGAUGCAUGGCCCGUGUGGUACAGUACGUCCUAAUAAUGUGUGCAUGAAGAAUGGGAAAUGUAGUAAGCAUUACCCCAAGGAAUACUCUUCUCAAACAACUAUUGAUGAAACUGGGUUUGCUAAAUAUCUUCGGCGGAACAAUGGUAGAGUUUUCAACUGUGGCGGGGUUGAUCUGGAUAAUCGAUGGGUUGUACCCUACAAUCGAUAUUUGUUACUACGAUUUGGAGCGCAUAUCAAUAUUGAAUAUUGUAACAAGACAAGGUAUGGCUGAAGUAAAUCGUAUUUAUCUAUAUGACGUUGUUGUUUCCUUUAUUAUAUUACCAAACUCAGAUUCUUAAUGACAGGCUAUAUGUAUACUUAUAUGCUACACUCAUUAUUAACUUUAUGCAUGCAUAUGAAUUAUGAUUUAAUUUCCAAAGAUGAAUAAAAACCAAACCAAUAUUUGUGCGAUUUCUCUUUUUUUUAGUUAUUUUAUAAACCCAGUGUUAUCUUAUUGGUGUGACUUCUUGCCGCAACUCUGUAAUUUUUGUAAUGUUUUUUGGUGUGUUUUCCUUCAUUUUUUUUUUGCCCCUUGAAUAAGCUAUUGUGAUCCAUUUGUUGCCUUUUGUUCUCUGUACUUUGAUUUCUUAUUUAAUACAAGUCACAUUUAAGAAAAAAUGUAAUACAACUUUUUUCUACUUCCCUAUCUAACAUCUACAACUUGGUUUUAUUUGAUGUUUCUAUAGGGCUGUGAAAUAUUUGUUUAAGUACAUCAACAAACCCGAGGAUCGUGCAAUGGUCACUGUAGCUGCACAACAAACAGCUUCGGCUAUGGAUGGUCGGAAUCGUGGAACUACGGUUGUGCAUAUCGAUGAGAUAAAGGCAUUCAUGGAUGCCCGUUACAUCACAUCGGGAGAAGCAUGUUGGAGAAUUUUUAGGUUUGAUAUAUACACUCACUCUCCAACAGUACUGCGUAUGUUCUGUCAUUUGCCUGGUGAGAAUACAGUGUAUUCAAAUGUUGAUUCUAACAUGGAGGAAGCGGUUGAGUCUAGCAGUUCCCAAACCUCAAUGUUGUUAGCAUGGAUGGAUCUCAAUCUUCAGUCAAUGGAUGCACGGAAAUAUACCUUUGCGGAGAUGCCACAAUAUUAUGUAUGGAAUAAAAAAUACAAGAAGUGGCAGCAGCGCAAAAAAGGUACCUGCAUUGCUAGAUUAUAUUACUGCUACCCAUCCGCAAAGGAGCGAUACUAUUUGCGAAUGCUAUUGCAUGUUGUUAGGGGUUGUUGUUCUUAUGAUGAUAUUAGAACAGUGAAUGGGGUGGUAUAUGAAACAUUCCAAAAAGCAUGUUAUGCUCGGGGACUGUUAUCAGGAGAUUCUGAAUGGAAUGAUUGUGUACAAGAAGCUUCGCACUGGGCUUCUGGUUAUAAACUUAGAAAACUUUUUGUCACAAUUCUUAUUCAUUGUCAGGUGGCUGAUGUGACAUCUUUUUGGUUAAAGAAUUGGGAAUUACUAAGUGAAGGCAUUUUGCAUUCACGACGUAGAGAGCUGAAUUUACCCCAGUUGAAUUUGUCGGAGGAUGAAAUUAAGGAGUUGUGCCUUAUUCAUAUUGACAAAUUGAUGGAGAGAUUUUCGAAGUCAUUAGCAGAUUUCCCUGGGUUGCCUGUUCCCGAUCAGUGUUUGCGUUCACAUACGGUAAACAGGCUGAUAGAUAUGGAGAUGAAUUAUGGACCCGAUGACUUAGACUGUUCUGAGGAUCGACAUAGUAGACCGUUGAAUGGAGAACAACAAAUCGCUUACGAUAUGGUAUUACAUUCUGUUUAUACCAAUGAGGGUAAAUGCUUUUUUGUGGAUGGAUUUGGGGGUACUGGUAAGACAUUUCUGUGGCGAGCAAUUUGUGAGCAAUUAAGAUUUGAGAAGAGGAUAGUAUUAUGUGUUGCUUCAUCUGGUAUUGCUGCACUGCUCAUGGUCGGUAGAAGAACUGCACACUCAAGAUUUCACAUUCCCCUGGAUUGUGAUACAAAAUCAACUUGCAAUAUUGAGCAAGGUUCUGAGGUAGCUGAAUUGAUUCUCAAUGCUUCACUUAUUAUCUGGGAUGAGGCACUGAUGGCUCAUAAACACAACAUAGAGGCCCUAGAUAGGACAUUGAGGGAUAUUUUCCGAGUUAAGCAUGUUGAUUCUGAGUUGAAGCCUUUUGGAGGUAUGACUAUUGUGUUUGGAGGUGAUUUCAGACAGACGUUACCUAUCAUCACGAAGGGUACACGGACUGAAAUUGUUAAUUCUUCCAUAAAGAGAUCUUAUUUGUGGCGGUCUAUGACAGUAUUGAAGCUAACCGAGAACAUGCGAUUAAAAUUGCCUCUUUCUGAAGCAUCGGCCAGGUUAGCAAUCUCAAAUUUUUGCAAAUGGCUUUUGGAAAUCGGUGAUGGUACAAAUAGUAAUAUUUUUGGAGAAUCAAUUAUCCCGAUACCUCUACACAUUUGUGUUCCCCGUCGCAGUGAUCCAAUUCCUGAUAUUGUUGCUGAAAUAUAUGGUCAGUUACUCUCCACUGAAAAUAUGUCAACCUAUUUGGUUGAGCGAGCUAUCUUAGCCCCUCAUAAUGACACUGUUGCGGCCAUUAACGAUUAUGUAUUGGGUCUAUUUCUUGGUGAAGAAGUUUCUUAUUUUAGUUCGGAUUCGCUAGAGAUUGAUGCCAAGAAUCAGCAUGUUGAAGAAGGGGACUACACAGUUGAAUUCUUGAACUCUUUAAAGAAUGGGAAUUUUCCGGAACAUGAGUUGAAAUUGAAGUUGGGGUGCCCUGUUAUUCUGCUUCGAAAUCUGGAUCAGAGUACUGGGCUUUGCAAUGGAACUCGGAUGAUCGUUAAGAGAUUAGGUAAGUGGUUUAUUGAGGUCCAAAUUUUGACCGGGACACAUGUUGGUGAUACAGUUUUCUUACCACGCCUAAGUCUAUCGGUCCACUACAAGAGCUUAAAUUUCACUCUGGUUCGAAGACAGUAUCCAAUUGCACUGUCAUAUGCAAUGACAAUUAACAAGAGUCAAGGUCAAACAUUAAAUCACGUUGGCAUCUGCUUUCAAAGACAAGUAUUUUCUCAUGGACAGUUGUAUGUUGCUAUGUCUCGAGUUACGUCGAAAAGGGGACUCAAGAUUCUUAGCUGUGACUCUCAAGGUAAACCGGUGAAGACUAUGCAGAACAUUGUGUUCACUGAGAUUUUUGAGUAGUGGUUUAUUGAUGUAUUAUGUUUUAUUCGAUUUGAGGACUAAGACUGUCAAAUUUAUCGGGUCGUUACAAUUUGAAUCUUGAGUUCUCAAUUUGUCCAAAUUAUUUUCCUGUUUUUAACAGCCAAUUAUAUGAAAUGUGAUUUAUGCACACUACUUUAUAUUUAAUUGUACCUCAAUUUGCAGAAUUUAGUUACAAUCUAACAAAUAUCAUUAACUUUUAACUAUUACAUUCACAAAAUGAAAAACAAAAUUAUUUUUUUAUUAAUUACAUUAAUUAUGAUAUCACUUUGCUUAUGGAGAAUUUAACUAUUAUCACACUUGAUUUGCGAGAUUUUCUUCUCAUUUACCUACAAUAAUUAUUUUAUAAAUUAACCUAUAUAAAAGGAUUCAAAUUCAUUCAGUAGUGACUCGAGAUUAAUUAAUUAGUGAUACUUUAAGCAUGGUUCAGUUUUGUUUUUUUUUUAAGAAACCUGAUUUCAUUAUGAAAUCGGAAAAUGAUAAAGAGUUGGACCAUGAUCCUUGAAAGAUAGAAGUCUAAACAAAUCGUAAAGUUGAGCCCACCCAAAACACAAAAUGAAAGCUCACCCACAAAUACAUAAAUCAGAAAAAAAACACAAGAGAAAAACUCCAAAGCCCACCCCAACACCCACGGUAACCCAACCCAGAAAAAACCCAAACACACCAAACACCACAACCCAGCCCACAAAAACAACCCAAACAUGGUUCAGUUAAAUAAAAUAUAGUUAGAGAGGGAAUGCCCAGCCGGAUUUGUUGAAACUAAAUGGCCAACCUAUUCCCAUAAAAAAAAAGGCCAACCUACACUACCUUGGGCGGAUCUUUCUCCACUCCCCCACUCCCCCACCUCCUCUACUGCCCAGUAUCCGAUUUUUUUGGAUCUUCUAUGAGGUGAAGGCUGCCGCAUUCCAAGCCAUUAUUUCUUUAUUAAAUACAUUCAUUAUGAUUUUCAUUUCAUGUUAAUUAGUGGUGGUGUGGGCGGGCCGGCCGGGUUGGCGCAUCAAAUAAUAAUUAGCAACUUUGAGAGGCAAUUUUGGACAAGAAUUGUUGACACAGUCUCAAUUAGCAAUGUUGUUAAAACGGAACCGGACAUCGAUCCGGAUUAGUAAAGGGUUCAAGGUUUAUCAAAUAACCGGUGGUAAAUCGAUAUUAAAAAUCGAUCAUAAACCGGUGUUGACUUACUUGGUAGACUUAACAAUUAUUUUUUUUACAAUUAUUGUUUCACUUAUUAGAGAUAAAAGAAUAAAGUGAGAAUUAUUAAAACUGAAAAAGCAUAAUUUGGGCGGCUGCUAGGUCUUUUUUGGGAAAAGUGAAAUGAUUUUUCUUCUCUUUAUAUUUUAUUCUGUACUUACCUUCUUUUGUUUUUGAAUUUUUAAUUGCAACAAAAUAAAAGGAAGGCGCAUGUUUGAUUUUAAGAAGGUGGGUCGUUCCCCUCAAAAAAAAAAAAGGUGGGUCGUGAGUUCCGUGACACAGCCGCCUCUUGAACUCUAAAUGGCCAACCUUCUCCACUCCCCCAUGAGGCCACAAAUCCUUCUCCACUCCCCCACUAUCCCACUUUCCACACACACACGUACUCCACUGCAUGCGGCCAAGUAAAUCAGGUGUGUAGAAUCACUUUCUCUCCUUUAUAUAAUGGAGAUACCACUUUCUCUCAUGUUACAAUUUCCGUUUACUACUUCCCAUACAAAACACUUCGGUUCCAUUGACCGUGCGAAUUGCAUUCAAUAUGGCGGGCCUGCCUCAAUUCAAUCAGAAGUACUGCUCAUGCAUCCAACAAAUACUACAUCAUGUAAUUUCGAUUCUUUUUCACUACUUACUGCCAAAACUUACAGUCCAAUAUAUAGGCUUCCCCAUGGUUUUAUUGCUAAUCUGCAAUAUGAUGAUGCUCUUGAAAUUUGUGAGCGUGCCGGCACCAUCGAUCUCAUUAUGUUGCAAGUGGAUGUCAAAAAUCAGGUAACUAAACAAAUAAAUUUCUUUUUAAUCGUACGCCUUUUGUGGCAUGCUGCAUUUUAUCGAUUUACUUUGACAAUUUUCGUUUCUGUGUUUACAUCAGGGCACCUCUUUUUUGUUAUCCGGACGUGUAACGAAUUUGACGACGUCCUGGUCCCCUGCAUCCAGAAUCCAUUUCGUCCACCUCACAAUUGAGGACGAAUUCAUUGGUGUUGGCAUCGUCUUCCCGUCAUCACAGUUACGAACGAUUGUUGGAUCUGUAUUCAGUCAUGCAGAUGUUGUCAAUGCUGACUACAUGGCCCUUCUGAACAUGCUUGGAGAACAGACAUUUGAAGUCAUGGUCACAGUCGGUCCCUGGAACGAUGCAUUUGGUUAUUGUGAACUUGUGUUGGUGAAAUUAUUUUUGCCUUUGUUGAAUUGAGUACCAUGUCAUGAACAAUGAGACAAUGUCUUGAGUUUUCUUAUUUUGGACUUGCAUGUUAUUUGUCGUAAUAUUCAACUAGAUUAGAUUUGUGAUUAGUAAAAUUUCAUGUAAGUAUUUUAUCGUGAUUAGCUAAUCUUCAAAUGUAUUUCUAACUUAUUAUGAAUGUUCAUUCAAAUUACAUGUCCGUCUUCAACGAAUUGCAAAAUUGCAACAAUCUUAUGAUAAUAUAAAACAAGACUCAUUUCUCGACACUAUCAUUAUAGAUAUUGUAACUCCAUUUCCUUAAACAAAUGCGGCCAACGGGCCGGGCUAUAGGCUAGUAAUAAUAUCCUACAAAUUAUAUAUGGAGAUUCUCCUUAAGCACACACCCAAUCCAAUUUUUCCUUGCCUAUGCGCAUAGAACGGAAGGACUAUUUAGUCCUUUUGUUUACUCAUCUAUUCCGCUACUGUCUCAUGUGCCUAAAAGCCUAAUCAAAUUGAGAUACAAAUUAAAAACUUAUUAAAACUCAUGCUCCAAUUGUUGAUAUAUAAUAAUAAAAUAAAAUUCAACCUACAACUCUCGCGGCAUCAUUGUUACAAAAUUCAAGCUCCACUAAUCAACUUCAACAAUUUCGACUAAUUCAAGGUUGUCAACCCGGUUUAGCCUAUUGACCCGUCGAGCAAGUGGGUUGAGGGUUAAUUGUUCGAUCAUUUUAGUUCGGUUUAGCUCGAAUAUAUGAAAAUACAUUAUAUUGUUAUACAUUUAUAAAUUAUAUUAAAUCUCAUAUAACAUACGAGUAAUAAGAUGUAACAUUACACAAAAAUAACAUUUUGUACUUGCAUCCAGCAUAUAGUGAAAAUUCACAAACACAUAUAUAACAUCAAUAUUAGAAUGUUCAAUUUAGAAUCUCAAAGAUUGGGUUAGGACUUAGGAGAAAAGAAAAAUCGGAAAAUCGGAGCAUUUUACAAACCAAAGGAAAAAAAGAGAUAGUCUGACCUCCAGCUCGGUACCUUGCAGCGGUCGACCCGAUGUGUGUGUGUGGCCCAUUUUUCUAACCAGGUCCAAAUCAAAAUGGAUUAACCGGUGGUUCGACCCACAGGACGACAACCUUGGACUUAUCACUGCAUCAUCAGUCCAUCCGGCAUUAGAAAUUGCCGAUGAUUAUAUGCAUAUCUAUAUAUGUUCGUCCGUAUUAGGUCAGAUAAUUUAUUAUGUGAUACAAAUCUAAAAAUUAUUCAAGAAUAUGAUAAGUGUAUUUGAAUUAUUUAAGGUAUUGAGAUUCACGCCUAUUUAAAAUUUUAUUAUUGCUAAAAUAUGAGGCCAUAAAAGUUAAAUCCUAAUUAGUUUAAGUAAAAUUACAUAUCAUUCCGAUCGAGGAAAGUACCAUGGAUAUUAUUUACUCCAAAACAUGUCAAAUAGACCGGAUAAAAUGUGUUAGGUCAAAUAUGUCAUCCCUAAUCAAUAUCAUUGUAAAAAUACUCAGCCCCACAAUUCCUUUCUUAAUUAUGAAUGUGUUUUCAAUAUUUAGUUCCUAGAUUUGAAGCCUUCUAAUUGUAAUAAGUUUCAAUCGAUGUUACAUCUAUGGAAUAAAAAUUCAAGUUUUAGUUGUGAUAAAUUGCCCCUAAUAAAUUGUUUUUCUAUAAAGAUCAUCCACUAUAAAAUAUAGUCACAAUAACACAUGCUUAGGGAUGGAUGGUUAAUUGAAUUGUCAUGAAUUUCUUGCUAUGUGAUUUUUACUUAUCCUCCAAGGUGGUUCUGCCUAUUGAGGCAAAUAGUUCCAUAGUAUUAUGCCAAAAACUGACAACAUCAUUAUGUCUAAGAUGUACAUCUCAAUUAUGUAGUCAUUAAGUAUAUUUUUAUUUCAAUUAUUGUUAAGAUUGUAUCUAUAUCAUAUUGUUUUUAGCAAUUAUUUUUGCAGUUCUACAUCUCAAAUAAAUAUUGUCCUUGGAAAAUCAUUCAAUCAGUCAAAUCAUGCUUUAUUUAGAUCUUAAAAAUUGAAGGUAAUAAGAUAUUUAAGUUAGCAUAAUUAUAAAUCAUUAUGGAAAUAUAAUUACUAUAUUCAUGACUAGAAAAACAACUUGAAUUUGAAAAUACUUAUCAGUAUGUGUACCUCAAAUGCAACGAUCCAUUUAUUCACGUUCACGGAAGCUUACAAUGGCCGAAAUCCCUCCACAAACAUAUAUACUCGGCUGCACCCCAAGCCCUAACCCACGUCAGAAAAGAAAAAUAUGUACAUGGG